AUCGACUCCGCCCCCAGCACCGCCCACUGCCUGACGUGCACUAGGUUCUUCCGGCGAAGACAUCCUAGACGCUUCCCUACAACGGUAUCCCAGUCUAGCGUAUAACCGGCGUGCUCGCUCCCGCGUGAGAACGUGUCGGGCACUUACUGUACGUGGAGAGCUCGGAGUCGUCCUGUUAUUGGUUGUUCCGAGACGCAACGAAUUUGAAACUUGGCGGUCACAGCAGUAAAGCUGAAGUGAGGAGAGGACCGGCCGCAGCAACAGCAACAACAACAACAACAUAGACAGAAAGCGCCGGGUACAGCUGCGGCACAGAGGUAGAGGCGUGCGAGUCAGAGCGCCGGUUACGGGUGAGGAGGCUACCGUCCACAGAGCUCAGCAGAGGCAGAAGGCGCACAUAGCUCGCUUACAGGCCGUCGGGGACAGACUGUUCCGGAAUAUCUGCGGGGCUGUUGUAGCUGUAACAUGGGAAAGGAUGAGGGUAUUCCAGUAAGAGUCGCUCUGAGGUGUCGUCCUUUGGUGCCUAAAGAAAUUAAUGAAGGCUGCAAGACGUGUCUUACAUUUGUUCCAGAUGAACCUCAGGUGAUUGUUGGCACAGAGAAGUCGUUCACAUAUGACUAUGUGUUUGAUCCAACAUCUGAGCAGGAGGAGGUGUAUAGUACUGCCGUAGCACCACUCAUUAAAGGGUUGUUUAAAGGAUACAAUGCAACAGUGCUUGCAUAUGGACAGACAGGUUCAGGGAAAACCUUCUCAAUGGGAGGAGCUUACACUCAUGACCAGGAGAAUGAGCCAGUUGUGGGAGUCAUCCCAAGAGUUGUCAAAGCUCUGUUUAAAGAAAUUGAAGAAAGGUCAGACUGGGAAUUUCUUUUGACGGUGUCCUACUUGGAGAUUUAUAAUGAAGACAUACUCGAUUUGUUGUAUUCUUCUCGGGAUAAAACGAGUCACCCCAUUAGCAUCCGUGAAGACCCCAAAGAAGGCAUUAAGAUCUGUGGCUUGACUGAGCGUGAUGUAAAGACUGCCGUGGAUAUGAUAUCUUGCUUGGAGCAAGGAAACGGCUGUCGUACUGUUGCUUCUACAGCCAUGAAUUCGCAGUCUUCCCGAUCACAUGCUAUCUUCACUAUCUCUAUAGAGCAGAGGAAUGAACAAGACAAAAACAGUUUUCGUUCUAAAUUGCAUCUUGUUGAUCUGGCUGGGUCUGAAAGACAGAAAAAGACAAAAGCAGAAGGGGAUCGUCUGAAAGAAGGUAUCUCUAUUAACCGUGGUUUAUUGUGUUUGGGCAAUGUCAUCAGUGCUUUAGGAGAUGACCUAAAGAAAGGUGGCUUUGUGCCAUACAGGGAUUCAAAGUUAACUCGACUUCUACAAGAUUCCCUGGGAGGUAACAGCCAUACCCUCAUGAUUGCAUGUGUUAGUCCUGCUGAUUCUAACAUGGAGGAGACUUUAAAUACUCUUCGGUAUGCAGACAGAGCCAGAAAGAUCAAGAAUAAACCUAUAGUGAACACGGACCCAAAGGCUGCAGAACUUCACAGAUUAAAGCAGCAGGUGCAAGAACUGCAGGUCUGUUUGCUACAGGCCCAUGGAGGAACAUUACCUGUCUUUACAAAUAUGGAACCAUGUCAGAAUUUGCAGUCUCUUAUGGUGAAGAAUAAAACCCUGGAGGAGGAAAAUGGAAAGCUGAGUAGAGAACUUAGUGAGGCUGCAGAACAGACUGCUCAGAUUCUGGAAAAAAUUAUUCUGACUGAACAGGAGAAUGAUAAACUGCUAAAUAAGAUGGAAGAGUUAAAGCAACAUGCAGCAUGUAAGGUUGACUUACAGCAGGUAGUUGAGACCCUAGAAGAUCAGGAGCUAAAGGAGAACUUAGAGGUCAUUCGGAACUUACAGCAAGUCAUUGUGCACCUUCAGGAUGAAAGCUCCGGAAUUGCUGCGUCUAUUGAAGCAGUGGCUGAGUGUGUGACAGUUUCUCGUUAUUCUGAAGAGAUCCAAGAAAGUGGAGAAAAACGGUCAUCUGAAGGAUUCACCACUCAUCAUGCCCUUAGACAGGCACAGCUCUCCAAGGAACUGAUUGAACUAAAUAAGGCAUUGGUGCUUAAAGAAGCUUUGGCAAAAAAGAUGGUUCAGAAUGACAACCAGCUAGAGCCCAUGCAGAGUGAAUACCAGAAUAAUAUAAAAACACUGGAAACUGAAGUGGAUGCUUUACAGAAAGAGAAGGAGGAGCUAAUAAUGGCUCUUCAUUCAGCCAAGAAAGACACCAACCAUGCAAAAUUGAGUGAACGAAGAAGAAAAAGACUACAGGAGUUAGAAUGUCAGAUGUCUGAGCUGAAGAAAAAGUUGAAUGAGCAAUCCAAGCUUCUGAAAAUAAGAGAAUCCACCGAGAAAACUGUUGGCAAACUCAACCAAGAGAUUAAAGCAAUGAAAAUGCAAAGAGUACAGCUAAUGAGGCAGAUGAAGGAUGAUGCAGAAAAGUUCCGCUCUUUUAAGCAACAAAAAACUAAGGAAGUGAUUCAACUUAAGGAAAAGGAUCGUAAACGGCAGUAUGAACUGCUAAAACUAGAAAGGGAUUUUCAGAAGCAAGCCAAUGUGCUGAGAAGAAAAACAGAAGAGGCCGCAACUGCCAACAAGCGUUUGAAAGAAGCCCUGCAAAGACAGAAAGAAGUCAUGGAUAGGCGCAAAGAUGCCCAGAAUAAAUGCAUGGAGGGAGCUUCAGCUCGAGUUAAGAGCUGGCUGGCCAAUGAGGUAGAGGUCCUUGUGAGUACUGAAGAAGCUCAGAGACACCUGAAUGAUCUCCUUGUGGACAGAAAGCUGCUUGCUCAGGAUAUAGCUCAGCUGAAGCAGAAAGAUUCUGGAGAGCAUAUACCCACUAAGAUCCGGAGACGCACAUACACAGUGGCAGAGCUUGAAAAGAUGGAGGAAGAAGCUUCAGCCACUAAGCAGAUUGAAAGCUUAGAGACCGAGAUGGAGCUCAGAAGCGCUCAGAUAGCGGACCUGCAGCAAAAGUUGCUGGAUGCAGACAGUGAGGAUGAGCGGGUUAAGCGGAGAUGGGAAACAAUCACUAAUAUUACGGAAGCCAAGUGUGCUCUAAAAUAUUUAAUGGCAGAGCUGGUCUCUGCUAAAGUCCAGGUUAGUAAAUUGGAAAGCAGCGUGAAACAGAGCAGGGCUCACUCUGCUGAUCUGCAAAAGACUAUCUUUGAGGACAGAAAUCAAAUGGCUGAAAUGGAGACUGAGCACCAGAGCCAGCUUGUGGAACUUGAACAGCAGCACCAGGAAAAGAUUCUUUACUUGCUUAGCCAGCUUCAUCAGAAGCAGUCCAUUACACCAACUGAGGAAGACCCAACUGAAGUAACAGAGAGAGAGAAACAGCUGUUGGAGAGGCUAAAGUUCCAGGAUGAGGAAUUACAGAAGAUGAAAGAACUAUGUGAAAAAAACCAACAACUCAUCCAGGAAAAUGAUUUGUGCAAACAGAAACUGGCACUACUUCAAGUGGCAAGUGGAAAAAAAAUGUACAACGCAGUAUCUUUGAUAAGCUCCCCAGAUUCUCCCUUUGAUUUUGUUCCUCCAAAGCCUAAAAAUUUACGCCGAACCACGGCGAGAACUGCCACAGUGAUCUUAGAAGACUUGUUAUCUGAAUCGGAGGAAUCUGAAGAGGAUACAAAUGACAAAAACUGGAUUCCUGGCCAAACUGGCAAACAGUCAAAGAAACAGACAUGUGGGUGCUCUUGUAAAGGUCGUUGUGGAAAUAAAAUGUGCCGCUGUAGGAAAAACAAGCUGAACUGCUCAGAGGAUUGUGCAUGUGACGGUUCCAAAUGCCGCAACAGAGAAAGCUUCUUGGAUGAUGCAAAUAGUGAGGAUCCGUCCCGAGAUUCUGAGAACUCAAUCAAGAUGGACUACCCAGGAGAUGUGACUGCUGGAGGCUCAUUUUUCACACCUCCCUGUGUCACACCCACCAAAAAGGUGCUGCGUGAGAUAAGUGAUAUUGGCCAGGUGCUGUCUAUGAAGCUUCAGCGCAAACCAAGCAUUACGUCUGGAGCUCCAGCUGCUGUUGACUCGCAAGAAAACCAGAAUUCCAUACUAAAGAAAAAGAAGAAAGCUCUGUGUAACAGCAAUACCAGCUUCUUCUCUGGAUGCUCACCAAUCACAGAGGAUGAGUAAAGGCCUCCAAGAUUUCCUGUCUCUUAUUGUGAGAAAAGACUGCGAUAACAUAUUGUAGUAACAGUCUAUAUGGCAAUAAAAUGUGUUGCCUUAUUUUAAUAUGGUCAGUAAUUGUGAAGGGUGAUGGAAACCUAGAUACAACUUAACAAUCUUUGUAAAUAUUUGUCUCUCUCUGGAGGCGUGUCAGUGGCAGGUUCUGCACUUAGAAAUCCUUGAAAUAACAAUGAACUCCAGUGGAAAACACAAAUGUUGCAUUACUACCAGAGGUAACGAACUCUGAAGUCUUAUAGUCUUUACUCAACAUAUAAUGACCUAUGCCUUCUCUUAGACUAGUGGGUCUCAAGCCCAGUCCUCAGGACUCCAAACAGGUCACGUAGCUAGUACACAGGUGAAUUCAUUACUCACGAACACUUUUUAAAAGACCUACAGAUGGCUCAAAUAAUUUCACUUGUAAUUUUGGAAAACCUGAAAAGCAUGAACUGUUUGGGGUACCGAGGGCUGUGUCCUAGACUAUACUAGCUUAUUUCCUGUCUGUGGUUGUUGGUAUCUAACCCUUGGCAAUCGCACGUGAUUUAAUGAAUUUUUCAGCAAGGCCUAGGUUAAUUUUAUUUAAAAUAUUACAAUUAUUUUUAUAUUUGUGAGUGUACUAUGUUUUUAAAUUGUUUCUAGUUGUAUUACUAAUAAACCUUUACAAAUGUU